AAUCAUAUCUGCGUUUCUCAAGACACGGCAUGUGGAAGAUUCCGUCAAAUUAUUGCUGUUGUUGUGUUCGCUGAUACAAGUACACUGACAUCGAUGCCGUGAACGCCCAUUCGUUUCGUUGACGAAAGCCUGCUGUAACUUGAUCUGAUGGACAAAUUGUUUCAUUUCGUCUUCACGACGGUGACCCAAAAGGCCACUCCAACAAUGGCGGACUUGAGUGGUGCAGGCGUAAUUUCAACUCAACUUCCAGGCUCCGAAUUGACUUGUUCCCACAGUAAAGUCUACGCUGACGUGUUCUAUCUUUACAUGUACGCAAUCACCCCUGUCGCAAUGUCUGGAAUUGUGCUCAACGUCAUUAAUCUCAUCGUACUACGGCAUAUGCAGAAAAAGGCCACGACAUCUGUUUUCUUACUUCGCAUGCUUGCCGGAUGUGACUUAUUCUUUCUGAUAAUUUGCAUUGUGUAUUUCUUUGUCCGUCCAAUGUUCGUAUACCUUAGGAAUUCAAUUGAAGUGUUCAGUCUGUCUGAUGAUAAGAUAGCAUCGGCUAUUUCUUUUCUAAUGGAACCGUUCUAUUACUCUUCACUGCAGGCUAGGAACUGGAUGAUAGUCCUCGUAACCUUCGAACGAUUUUUGAAUAUAGUCUUCCCACUAUGGGCUAGGGGGCACUGCACAAAGGGUAACCUCGGUAAAGCAGCAGUUUGUAUUUUCCUAGUGGCGCUCGCGUUUGCCCUGCCUGGGUAUUACCACAAAUAUCUCGUCAAUGGGAAGAAUCCUUGCACUGGAGCUGUGGAACUGCAAUCACGACUUCGGCAAGAGUCAAAGCCAUUUCGGAACACGACGUAUGUUGUUGUGACAGUCUUCGUCCCAAUGUGUCUGAUCUACACCAUGAAUAUCAUCCUUGUUAUUUCCGUCAGAAACGCCAUGCGCAGCCGACAGAGUACGACAGACAAAGAGCGCAUGCGUGACGAACGCGGGCAAACACAAGCGACCUUGACCGUGAUUUCCAUUGUUGUUUUGUUUACCGUUUGCGAGACGCUGCCUGGCCUAGACCGGGUCAUCGUCCUUUUCUCUGGAGCUCCAUUCGCAAGGGACAGCCCCUUCUUUAACUACGUGAGGAAGUCUGGCUUAUUCUUAAUAGUUUUUGACUCUGCUAUGAAUUUUGUAGCCUACUGCUUUUCGAAUAGGUCAUUUCGACAGAGCUUUGUGGUGAUGUUCCGAAUGGCACAGCCAUAG